AUGGAGCCAGAACCACCUGCUGAUGAUAGCAGGGUCAUUGCCGAUGAUGCAUCCAGACCAAAAUGGGAUAAUAAAAUCCAAUAUCUUUUAAGUUGCAUUGGAUUUGCUGUUGGUUUUGGGAAUGUCUGGCGGUUUCCAUAUCUGUGCCAAACCUAUGGAGGAGGGGCCUUCUUGAUUCCAUAUGUCAUCGCCCUUGUGUUUGAAGGAAUUCCAUUAUUUCACAUGGAGUUGGCCCUAGGACAGCGCUUAAGAAAAGGUACCACUGGUGUCUGGAAACACAUCUCCCCUUAUCUGAGUGGACUUGGUUAUGGCUCUGUGGUGGUGUCAUUCCUAGUGAGCGUCUACUAUAAUAUGAUUAUGGCCUGGGUGCUGUGGUAUUUUAUAAACUCUUUCAGAAAUCCCUUACCAUGGAGUUUCUGUCCACAAGAUACUGCAGAACUCAUGGAAGAAUGUCGUAAAAGCACACCUACCAAUUUUUUUUGGUAUAGGCGCACUUUGAACAUCAGCGCCGAUAUUACGCAGGGCAGCUCGUUGGUGUGGUGGAUGUUUUUGUGCUUGCUUGCUUGUUGGGUGGUUGUCUAUAUCUGUACCAUUCGGGGCAUUGAAUCAACUGGAAAGGCAAUAUAUAUUACAACCACAUUUCCUUACAUGAUCCUAACUGUAUUUCUUAUUUAUGGAUUGACUCUUCCUGGAGCUGUUGAUGGAUUAGUAUAUCUCUUCACGCCUGAUAUAAAAGUCCUGAGCAAUCCACGAGCGUGGCUUGAUGCAGCCAGUCAGAUUUUUUUCUCCCUUUCCGUAGGAUUUGGGGGACACGUAGCAUAUUCAAGCUACAAUCCACAAAAAAACGACUGUGAAAUGGAUGCUGUCCUAAUUGCGGCAGUGAACAGUUUGACAUCGAUGUAUGCUUCCAUCCCAAUUUUCUCAAUUUUGGGGUUCAAGGCAACCACGGGGUAUUGGGAAUGCUUGGAUAGAAAUAUUAAAGACCUCACCGAUGCAUUUAAGCUGGUGGAUCCAGCCCUUACAAGAGACAACUAUACUCUAUGGCUGGAUUUUUAUAAAAAACGUUUUCCAACUCAAAUGAAUAGUCUUCAUCUGAAAGAAUGUGAUCUUCAACACUUCCUGGAUCAGAGUGCUUCUGGAACGGGCCUGGCCUUUAUUGUCUUCACCGAAGCUGUUGCUAAGAUGCCUGGAGCCCAGGUUUGGUCUGUUCUAUUUUUCAUCAUGCUUUUCAACCUGGGACUCUCUUCUAUGUUUGGACUUGUUCAGGGGAUCUUGACUCCUUUCAUGGACGUUCCCAUUUUGGCCAGACACUUACGCAAGGAGGUCAUAUGCGGCAUCAUAUGCUUGGUCUCCUUGUUGCUGGGCCUGUGUUUUACUAUCAGAUCAGGUAGCUACUGGCUCGAGGUGUUUGACAGUCAUGUGGCAUCCCUACCGCUAUUGAUCAUUGUAUCCACUGAAGUGCUUAGUGUUAUAUUUAUUUAUGGAAUGAAAAGGUUUUGUGAUGAUGUGGAAUGGAUGACAGGACGACGUGUGAAUUUCUACUGGAAGGCGUCGUGGCAAGUUAUCAGUCCUGUGUUAAUGGCGGCAGUACUUCUGGCCUUCCUGGCUAUUCAGGGCGCACCAGGCUAUAGUGCGUGGAACCCAGCUUAUGUAGAUUUUCCUGCGAAGGAGAAAAAAACUUAUCCUGGCUGGGUUGUGUUCAUCUGUGCCUUGCUGGCAAUUAUCCCAUGUAUGACAAUCCCAAUUGGAGCCCUUGACACUUUUAUAAAAGUUAGAUGCGGAAUACAAAAGAACCAAGCUCCACAACCUUCUGCUUGA